AACCGUUCUUCUAUAUCGAAGCUGGAACUAGCCACUGCGAUCGGAGAAGAAACAGCUCGAGUCUCGAGAGACGCCAUGGAAAUUUCCCGAGCUCGUUCAAGCUUCGUUUGUCUUCUUCUGUUACUCUCUAUUUGUUUCGUUCCCUGCGUCUUUUCCAAAUCUCCUCGUCCCAUCUCCGAUGUGGAAAUCAGGCAGAAGAAGAGCGAAUGCUACGCUGAUAUAGAGAGUGGGUUAUGGGGUUGGCAAUGCAAAUCUUCUGCAAUAGCGAAAGAGAAUUGUGCGCUGCGAUGCCUUUCUCCGGUUUGCUAUCAACUCAUUUAUGAGAGUGAUCCGCUUGAAGAAGGUGAAAAAGAUUUGAUUAGGAGCCAAGAGUACAAGUAUUGUAUGUACAAGUCAUCACUCGGGGAAAGCUUAGACGGUGUUCGAGGCAGCUUUUGAUGCUACAAAGAAAAGUUUCUCAAUGAAGACAUUUGCCAAAAGCUGAGCUAAGCUCUUGAAGCCAUGUAAGGCUUCUUUUGUUAUAAACCUCAAUUUUUGCG